GCCUCGGGAGCCCGGUUCUGCGCGCCAGAGCGCGCCUAGCCGCAUUGCGAGCCGGGCGAGGAGCGGACGCCAUGGUGCUCCUGCACGUGCUGUUCGAGCACGCGGUCGGAUACGCGCUUCUGGCGCUGAAGGAAGUGGAGGAGAUCAGCCUGCUGCUGCCGCAGGUGGAGGAGUGUGUGCUCAACCUGGGCAAGUUCCAUAACAUCGUCCGUCUCGUGGCCUUCAAUCCCUUUUCCUCGUCCCAGGUUGCCUUGGAAAAUGCAAAUGCGGUGUCCGAAGGCGUCGUUCACGAGGACCUCCGCCUGCUACUGGAGACACAUCUGCCGUCCAAGAAGAAGAAGGUGCUCCUGGGAGUGGGGGACCCCAAGAUCGGUGCUGCUAUCCAAGAGGAACUGGGCUACAACUGCCAGACCGGAGGAGUCAUAGCCGAGAUCCUGCGAGGAGUUCGUCUACAUUUCCAUAAUCUGGUGAAGGGUCUGACUGAUGUGUCGGCAUGUAAAGCCCAGCUGGGGCUGGGACACAGCUAUUCUCGUGCCAAAGUGAAGUUCAAUGUGAACCGGGUGGACAACAUGAUCAUCCAGUCUAUCAGCCUUCUGGACCAGCUGGACAAAGACAUCAACACCUUCUCCAUGCGUGUCAGGGAGUGGUAUGGCUAUCACUUCCCGGAGCUGGUGAAGAUCAUCAAUGACAACGCCACCUACUGCCGCCUCGCCCAGUUCAUCGGGAACCGAAGGGAAUUGAAUGAGGACAAGCUGGAAAAGCUGGAGGAGCUAACGAUGGAUGGAGCCAAAGCUAAGGCCAUCCUGGAUGCCUCGCGGUCGUCCAUGGGCAUGGACAUCUCUGCCAUUGACUUGAUCAACAUUGAGAGCUUCUCCAGCCGCGUGGUGUCGCUGUCGGAGUACCGCCAGAGCCUCCACACGUACCUGCGCUCCAAGAUGAGCCAGGUCGCCCCCAGUCUGUCAGCACUCAUCGGAGAAGCGGUGGGUGCACGUCUCAUUGCUCACGCUGGCAGCCUCACCAACCUGGCCAAGUACCCAGCAUCCACAGUGCAGAUCCUUGGGGCUGAAAAGGCCCUGUUCAGAGCCCUGAAGACAAGGGGUAACACACCAAAAUAUGGACUUAUUUUCCACUCCACCUUCAUUGGCCGAGCAGCUGCCAAGAACAAAGGCCGCAUCUCCCGCUACCUGGCCAACAAAUGCAGUAUUGCCUCGCGAAUCGAUUGCUUCUCUGAGGUACCCACAAGUGUAUUUGGGGAGAAACUUCGAGAACAAGUUGAGGAGCGACUAUCCUUUUACGAGACUGGGGAAAUUCCACGCAAGAAUCUGGAUGUCAUGAAGGAAGCCAUGGUUCAGGCGGAGGAGGCAGCCGCAGAGAUCACCCGCAAGCUGGAGAAGCAGGAGAAGAAACGCCUGAAGAAGGAGAAGAAGCGCCUGGCAGCACUGGCGCUGGCAUCUCCGGAGACCAGCAGCAGCACCCCAGAGGAGUGCGAGGAAGGAGAUAGGUGCUGAGAGAACUUGCUCAAGAGCCCAGAGAGCUGGUUGUAGCACACGCCCGUCCCCUGGGCACGUGGGCUCUGUCCUCGGCUGCCUCCCAGGAGUCCUCAACCGGGGGUAGUGUAAACUCUGCUCUUGUUCUCAGGCGUGUGUCCGGAGGCGGUAGUGUCUCACAGUGGGGCUGGGGGCAGGGAGGUCUCCAGGUGCCAAGCCAGUUUCCCCCCAGUCCCUCUGGGUUCUCUUCACCUAGCAAGGGGGUUUGUGCUUAGGGUCCCCUCUGGGACUGACCUGAACAGCAUGGUGGGCUUUUCUGCAGGCCAUUAAUGGGCUGAAAUACUUUCUCCAGAAUUUCUAGCGGGGAAUAAUGUUGGAUGGACUUCCAAAUGUAUACCCGCACAACUAACAUCCCUUCCCCAGGAAUAUUGGGCUGUUGUAAGGGAAUUUGGCCAGUUUUUCUGCCCUGUGGCUGUGAUGGCUGGGACUUUCCUAUGGGGGGGUGUGUGUGUAUGCGAGCACCACAGGUGACACCUUUCCCUAAGACUGGGCUCCCCCAUCUUACCCUUUAGGAGGUGCAUGAAAAACCCAAAAAGAAGAAAAAGCAAAAGGCCCAGGAGGUUCCUCAGGAGAAUGGAAUGGAAGAGCCAGCGGUCUCUUCCUCCA